CAGACGCUGUGACCGAGAUUUCUAGUAAGUCCAGUUGUGAAGUUGCUGGCGUCCACGGGAAAGCGUCUCUCGCCAUCUCUCGCAUCUGAGGUCUGUCGCCAGACACCGCAGCUCUGAGGGUGACGGUGACGUUGAGAGGUGUCUGCCGAGUUCGGUUUCGGAUUGGUGUGUUUGGUUUGCUUUGAAAGAGCAGGACAACCCUUUGGGAUUACUCUGUGUUGGGAAUCGGAGACGGAUGUGUAGUUGGGCUUAGAGACGGGAUUUUUGUCAAGAUUGUGGGAGAGGUGGCGGUGGUAGAGAUGGCGUUUGUCGCAGAAUCUUCGAGCUUGGUCCGGAGCUUAUCCAGAAGCUUGUCCGAAGAUGUGCAGCUGAGUAAGGCAACCACCUCCCAGAGCGUAGCUAAGGGGGUUUGUGUUGGUGGCAAGGUGCGAGCAGUGAGAAUUCAGAGUAAGAGGAUAAGAGCUGCACGAGAUGUCGGCGUGGGAUGUGCUGGCGGUGAAUUUGCAGGGGGCAGCAAUGUUGCGGCUGGGUUCUCGAGGGUUACUGAUGCUGCUCGGAGUUGGAGUGCGAGCAUGGGCGGUGCAUUGUCACCCUCUAAUUCAGUUGGCCGAAACCUCGUCACGGGGAGAGGCGAAAAUGUGAGGGUGUCAGCGGUGCGAACAGCGGUGGAAGAGGAGGUUCCCCUGUUUAUGCUCGAGGAGGCGUUUGAGAAGGAUUACAUUCCAGAGGGAAAAUCCGGUGCAGAGAGCGAUGGGGCGAAAGAGGUGAAGCAGAAAAAGAAGGACAAGUCGGGUGCAUCGACCGUGCAAUCGGGGGUGAAGCUUGAGAACAUAAGUAAAACUUUUAAGGGCAGUAUGGUAUUGAAGGACGUGUCGUGGGAAGUCAAGAGAGGUGAGAGAGUAGGGCUUGUGGGUAUCAAUGGAGCCGGGAAGACGACGCAGCUCAACAUAAUCGCGGGCAAGGAGGAGCCUGACUCGGGGAAUGUUGUGAAAGCUAGGGAGAAUAUGAAAAUUGCCUUUUUGAGCCAGGAGUUCGAGGUGGUGGGAUCUCGCACUCUACGAGAGGAAUUCAUGAGCACCUUUUCAAGUGAGAUGGAAAUUUCGGCAAGGAUGGAAAAAGUGCAGGUAGCGCUCGAGAACGCGACCGAUGAUAUGGAUCUUAUGGCGAAGCUCUUGGAUGAACUGGACACCUUGCAGCAGAAGGCCGAGGCGUCUGAUCUUUACAGCAUCGAUGUAAGCAUCAACAAGAUGAUGCCAGAGCUAGGCUUUACUGCCGAUGACGCGGACCGAUUGGUGGCUUCCUUCAGUGGAGGCUGGCAAAUGCGUGUAGCACUCGGCAAGAUUUUACUGCAGGAGCCGGACCUGUUGUUGUUGGAUGAGCCUACAAAUCACUUGGACUUGGACAGUAUCGAGUGGCUGGAAAGAUACUUGAAGGAUCAAGAUGUGCCCAUGGUGAUUGUGUCCCACGACAGGGCCUUCCUCGACCAGCUAUGCACUAAGAUUGUGGAGACCGACAUGGGCGUGGCACAGACUUUCCCUGGAAAUUACAGUGAAUAUGUGUUGGCUAAGGCGGCGUGGGUAGAAGCUCAGCGCAUGGCAUGGGAGAAGCAGCAGAAGGAAAUUUCGCGAACUGAGGAGAUGAUUCAGCGGCUCAGCAGUGGAGCUAAUUCUGGUCGUGCAGCAUCUGCCGCUAAGCAAUUGGAAAAGAUGGAAUCUGAAGGGCAGAUAGUGGAGAAACCAUUUGAACGCAAGCCUCUCAAGUUCCGUUUUCCAGAGCUGGAACGAAGCGGCAGAACUGUUGUCCAGAUCAAGAAUUUGGGAUUUCGUUAUGACGACAAGGUCCUGUUUGAUAACGCACAGCUCACUGUGGAGCGAGGCGAGAAACUGGCAGUAAUUGGUCCCAAUGGGUGCGGCAAGAGCACGCUAUUGCGGAUGUUGAUGAACAUGCAAGAGGCAUCUUCUGGGGACAUAUCUUUUGGUGAAUAUAGAGUAGUACCUAACUACUUCGAACAAAACCAAGCAGAGGCUCUGGACCUGAACAAGACUGUUCUGCAAACCGUCGAAGAAGCUGCAGAGGACUGGCGCAUGAAUGACAUUAAAGCUCUCCUUGGGCGUUGCAACUUCAAAGCCGAAAUGCUGGACCGGAAGGUUGCUUUCCUAAGCGGGGGAGAGAAGGCGCGGCUAUCGUUGUGCAAGUUCAUGGUCACACCUUCAACUGUCCUAGUACUGGACGAGCCCACAAAUCAUCUGGAUAUUCCUUCAAAGGAAAUGCUUGAGGAAGCAUUGAGGGAGUAUAAGGGUACAGUCAUCGCAGUUUCUCACGACCGGUACUUCUUGAGGCAGAUAGUGAACCGUGUGGUGGAAGUGACCGAUAACAAGCUCAGAGACUACAGUGGCGAUUACAACUAUUACUUGGAGCAAAACUUGGAAGCCCGACAGAGGGAGCUAGACCGUGAGGAGGAGCUUGAAAUGAAGGGUCCAACAGUGAAGGCCAAGUCCAAGAUGUCCAAGGCCGAGAAGGAGCUACAGAAGAAGCAGAAGGCAAAAGCCUUCUCCCAGAGCAAAGCGAAAGGCAAGGUGACCAAGAAUGCGAAGAGAUGGAACUGAGGCGUUAGGCAUCCUUUGUAAGUCAUCGACUCCGAACAUGAAUCAAUUUGUUGACAUGAUCUUUCACCUUGAAGUACAGCGCGCAAGGAAAAUCUUGGUGACAGAAGACACCGAAUGGCAGCUCUACACCGCGGACAGGAAAUUCAUUGCUGGUGAUUCUCACAAGCGCAUUUGUUCAUGAUUUUGUAUCGUUUCGAGAAACUGAUAGCCAGUUCAACCGCCGGAGCUUCUUCCUGUAAAUUUAUUAGGGUACAUACACAUUUAGUUGCCUCUUUCGCACUCUUGUCUUCGCUGUUUGCAUGAGUGAUUGCUCUGAACCGACCAAUCCGACUGGGUAGUAUGUGUAUUUUAAGUGUUCAGCUUUCAUGUACUGGUCCGGCACUUAGUAAUCAAGAUGGAUUAUUUAUGAGUGCAGUCAUAUUGCUAUGUACAGCUACGACGAAUCAUUAAUUGAUUUUUAAAUUGGUCUGAUUUUUGUAAGGAAAAACCUCUUCAAA